UAAAUUGGUGAAAAUGCUGCGUCGCCUUGUCCAAGUGGGUGCCCGGGAGCUGAGCCGCAGCCAAUCCUCCGCCGCCACCGCCGCGGAGAAGUGGGAUCUGUACGCCGGCGUGCUGGUGGAGCGCCUGCCUGUGGUCUCAAAGUCGCUGAAUCCCCUCGAGAAACAGUUCCAGGACAUGUUGUGGCGCGUGGAGUACGAGAACAGCCUGAAGUCCGACCACGAGCUGAAGCACGAGCGCGAGAUUGUCCAGGCGGAGCUGAUCAAGAAGGGCAAGAUGCAGGUGGACAUGGAGGACAGCGGCUCCAAGCAGACGGCGCAGGAUCGCAAGGAUGCCUACAUCGAGGAGCUGAAGAAGUUUCAGCUGGGCGAGCGCACCACGCCCGAUGAUCAGGCUGGGAAGACCAGCUCCACGGAUCGCUGCCUGGAGGACACACUCUAUCUUCUCGUCCAGCAGAAGCUGGGACAGCAGGAGCACCUCGUCCUGCCGCAGGGAAAGCGGGAGGAGGGCGAAUCCAUGCGCCAGACGGCGGAGCGGGUGCUCCGCGAGCGUUGCGGCCAGGAGCUGCAGGUGCUCUUCUACGGCAAUGCGCCCGUGGGCUUCCACAAGUACAAGUAUCCUAGCAAUCAGCGAACGGAGAGCGUUGGAGCCAAGGUCUUCUUCUACCGGGCAUCCCUGCGAUCUGGUCAGGUGGAGGAGAAGGUGGCCAAGUUCGAGUGGCUGCCCAAGGAGGCUCUAAACGGAAAGCUCACGAAUGCCGCCUAUGCGGAAAGCGUUAACAAGUUCUUGUUGUAAUCGUAAUUGUUAAAUCUGUUUUGAUAUCUAAUGAAUAAAUAUAGAUGCUACUUGGGCUGAAAAGUCCAGGGGAUUAGCUA